CUUCCGAGCUAACAGCGAGCUACGUGAUUGGUCCAGGCCUGAAAAACAGCCUUCAGGAUCUAGAAUGUUUUACAGGCCUUGCAUUCGCACCCUGAGAAAUAUUACCUAAUUUCAUAAUAAGACUGCGGAAAUACUGUUCGAGGCCGAAAAGUGGAAUUUAAAAAAGACAGUAGUGACUUGGUUUGGUGUUUCUCCUCCCUGGCUGAUUAAAAAAGCAUAACACUUCCCUGAUGGUUUGAGAGCUCAGAAUCAAAUCAGACAAGAGAAAAAGAGAAUGGACCACGGUGGAGGGGUCUUGAACUUUCAGAUGCAGGACUCAAAGAUGCCACACACAAUGAUAAUGCAGGAUUUUGUGGCAGGUAUGGGUGGCAUGGCCCACAUUGACGGUGACCACAUUGUGGUGUCUGUGCCAGAGGCGGUGCUGGUGUCAGACGUGGUGACUGACGAGGAGGGCAUCACGUUUGAGCAUGACCUAGGGUCAGAGGUUGUAGAGGGGCCAGACAUCUGCUGCAGCGACGAGCCUGACGGCAUAAUCAUGACUGAGUCGGUCCUGGGGGCCGAGGUGGCCAUUGAGGAAGUGCUGGAUUCUGACCACCAUCACCAUGUACUGACAUCAGAUCUCGUAGAGGAAUCUGACAGGGUACCUGACCAGGUGUUUGAGAUUGUCACUGAGGAGGUCAUGGUCUCGAACUGCAACUCAGAGACGUAUAUAGAGGAGCAGGAGGAGAUAGAAGAAUCUGCAGUCACCAUCCAGGAGCAGGACGACGAGGCUGGAGGGUGUGUCUCCGAGGACUACCUGAUGAUCUCCUGUAAGACACAUACGUCUUCUUUUCUUGUGGACGAUGGUGGGGAGAAGUUGGACAUGGAGGACACGCCCCUGAAGAUGGGUUCUGAGGUGAUGCCUGAGGAGGAUGGCUCCAAAGAGGGCGAUUACGACUCUGAGUGCAUCAAAGUCUACAUCUUCAAGGCAGAGGCUGAUGAUGAUGUUGACAUAGGUGGCACAGAGAUUGUAGCUGAAAGUGACUUACACAACAGUCAUGCAAUGCUGGAGACUGGGGGCAUUGGCAAGCUGUCUCGAGAGAAGAUGGUCUACAUGGCAGUGAAAGACCCGUCCCAGGAGGAUUCAGAGAUCAACUGCACUGAGAUGGCAGAUGAGGUGUACAUGGAGGUGAUAGUGGGAGAGGAGGAUGCCCCUGCCAUCCAGGACUCACUGGACGACCCCAGCCACAAUAAGAACUUUGGCACCGUAGCCUGGGCUGCAGCUUAUGGUAACAGUCUGGACUCCAGGCUGGAGAACAAGAACAACACAGGGACACAUUACCUGAAGAUCAGUGACAGCCUGAGUACAAGUAGAGCUCUCAAACAGAAGAUCAAGAAAAAGAAAAAGGGAGAGACACGUCAGUGUCAGACAGCUGUGAUCAUUGGUCCAGAUGGCCAGCCUCUGACUGUGUACCCCUGCCACAUCUGCGGGAAGAAGUUCAGAUCGCGAGGCUUCCUGAAGAUCCACAUGAAGAACCACCCGGACCACAUCUUCAAGAAGAAAUACCAGUGCACAGACUGCGAUUUCACCACCAACAAGAAGGUCAACUUCCACAACCACCUGGAGGGCCACAAGCUCAUAGUGAAGAGUGACCGGGUCCCAGAGUUCACUGAGGUCACGCGGCGUUACUGUGUGGAGAGCCCCCUCAGCUCCAAUAAGCUCAUCCUACGUGACCAGGAGCCCAAGCUGCACCACUGUAAGUACUGUGACUAUGAGACAGCCGAGCAGGGCCUGCUCAACCGCCACAUGCUGGCUGUCCACAGCAAGAGCUUUGCCCAUGUGUGUGUGGAGUGUGCUAAAGGUUUCCGCCACCCCUCUGAGCUCAAAAAGCACAUGAGGACCCACACGGGUGAGAAGCCCUACCACUGCCAGCACUGUGAGUUCCGCUGUGCCGACCAGUCUAACCUGAAGACCCACAUAAAGAGCAAGCACGGAGCGGAGCUGCCCUUCAAGUGUGGCCACUGUCCCCAGGCCUUCCCUGACGAGCGGGAGCUGGAGAAGCACAUGGAGAUCUUCCAGGGCCACAAGACGCACCAGUGUCCGCACUGCGAGCACAAGAGCACCAACUCCAGCGACCUGAAGCGCCACAUCAUCUCCGUGCACACAAAGGACUUCCCUCACAAGUGUGACGUGUGUGAGAAGGGCUUCCACCGGCCCUCGGAGCUGAAAAAACACACAGAGACUCACAAAGGUGCCAGGCUGCACCAAUGCCGCCACUGUGACUUCAAGACCCCAGACCCCUUCAUACUCAGUCGCCACAUCCUGUCCGUCCACACCAAAGACUUGCCCUUCAAGUGCAAGCGCUGCCGACGGGGCUUCAGGCAUCAGCUGGAACUGAAGAAGCACAUGAAGACCCACAGUGGGCGUAAAGUGUACCAGUGCCAGUACUGUGAGUACAGCUCCUCGGACGCUUCAGGUUUCAAACGGCACGUCAUAUCCAUCCACACUAAGGACUAUCCCCACCGCUGUGACUACUGCACUAAAGGCUUCCGUAGGCCCUCUGAAAAGAGCCAGCACAUUGCGCGUCAUCACAAGGAUGUUUUAAUGUAGAGUGCUUCUUCACACACCCUUUCCACUAUUCAGAACAAUCCUAUUCUCACUCACUAUAGAGCAGGGAAAUAAAAUGGUUUCAAUGUGAUAAAGGAUGACAAUUGUCACAUUUUCUUACAACUGCAUUAGUAAUUUAUUAACUUGUCCUCCCAUCACCAUUAGUACUCAAACCUGGGGUGAUAUUCAAACAAACCUCAAGUCAGGUAAAUCCUGAAUCAGAACAUUACUGAAAGCACAUAUUUUCUCAGUAGUAUGCUUAUCUGAUGCCUGGAUUGUUUGAAUAGCACACCACUUGGUGUAUGCAGUAUCAGUGGUAAGAUAAUGCUUUAAUUUGAUUUUAACUAAUGCAGUGUUUGACGGUUGACUGUAUUCUCACUUUUGACCUUGGGGUAACCGUUCUCUGACAAGUCUUGUAUGAUUUUUAGUAAUGCUACUGCUAGCAAUAAAUUGUGAAAAACAUGCAUUUAAAGACCCAGUUAUUAUUUCAAAUGUAAACAGUCAUCUGCAUCAGUUUUCUCUGUAUUCAAAAGCAUGGAAAGGAUGUGGACGACCCAGCUUUUUACUCGUAUUUGUCCAUUGUGCUUUGAAAUAAUCGCUUGUCAAACAAUCAGGGGUUUUAAUUUUUCAUGUUGCUCAAAGCCAAUAACAUGUUUACUAUCAGGAAUGUCUCAUGUAUCAGAUCCAAAUCAGUGUUAUCUAAUCUCAUGUCUGUCAACUGAAAUGUUAGGAGCUUCUUUAGUAAAUAAAAACAUCUCCUGAUCAA